AUGCCUAUGGUGCUCACCCCAGCGAUGCUCCUUACUCAAAAGAUGAGUGCACUUUCAGCCCCCUGUGGAAACUUUGGCAUGGCUCAGUUGUAUAGCAAGCAGUGGAAACAAGUCCAGUGUUUUGCUGACACGUUUUGGAAGAGAUGGAAGGGAGAGUAUCUGUCUACUCUACAGAGUCGCAGAAAGUGGACAAAAGACAAGCCGAAUGUCAAAGAAGGAGAUGUUGUCUUGCUGAAAGACAGCCAAGCCCACAGGAAUGAAUGGCCACUGGGACUGGUGGUUAAGACUUUGCCAAGCAGUGACAACAGAGUCCGCAAGGUUGAGGUGCGGAUCGUGAAGGAUGGGACACCUAAGAUUCUCAUGCAGUUAAAGAAAGUAAAUUUUUCUCAAAAUGGUUAUGAUGUGUCAUUUGAUGCCAACGGGGAUCCUGUGGCCACAUAUGAGCUGGUGAACUGGCAAAAAACUGAGAGUGGCAACAUUGAGUUGGUGACAGUGGGACACUACGAUGCAUCACUGCUGGUGGGCCGGGAGUUCCGUAUCAACAGGAACCUCACCUGGGUGGAUGGCAGCACACAAGUCCCUGUGUCAGUGUGCUCUCACAGCUGUCCUCCAGGAACUCAUAAAGUGCUGCAGAAAGGAAAACCCAUCUGCUGUAAUGAUUGUUUACCAUGUCCUGAAGGAGAGAUUAGCAAUGCUACAGUGAAAAACCUCACAACAUACAAGGAGAGGAUCAUCCUGGAGUGUGCAUUAGGCUCAGCUGUUCGGUUCUGGGCUGUGCUCGGGUACAUCGGCCUGCUGGCUGUCUUUUGCUUUGUGUUAGCUGUCCUGGCUCGGAAACUACCUGAUAAUUUUAAUGAAGCCAAACUGAUCACCUUUAGCAUGCUGAUAUUCUGUGCAGUCUGGAUCACCUUUAUCCCUGCUUAUGUCAGCUCUCCUGGGAAAUUCACUGUGGCUGUGGAGAUAUUUGCUAUUCUGGCCUCCAACAGUGGAGGGAUGGAGAUCACUGCUCUCUCUAUUAGCCUGAUCCUGUCUCUGGGUCUGUGUGAGCUGAACUCAGCUCUUGCCUUGAAUAUUUCUGGUGCUGGGGUCAGCUCUGAGGCUGCAACUGUAAAAUGUAAGCUCCAGGGUACCACUCGUCUACCUGCUUUCUCAGUGGAUGGUGACUACAUUAUUGGUGGUGUUUUCGCUAUACAUUACAAGGUGCACACAGUGGAGAAUAACUACACCUACAUGCCUGAGCCACUGAGGUGCAAAGGGAGACUGCGACUUUCACAGGCAAUGAUCUUCGCCAUCGAGGAGAUUAACAACAGCACGGAGCUGCUGCCGGGCAUCAGACUCGGUUAUCAGAUCUACGACUCGUGCGCCUCGGUGCCCGUGGCGGUGCAUGUGGCAUUCCAGCUUUCCAGCGGCCUGGACCCGGUGUUUUACACCGGCGACAACUGCUCACAGUCGGGUAUGGUGAUGGCAGUUGUUGGUGGGCCUGGGUCCACGUCAUCCAUCAGCAUGUCUCACAUCAUUGAGCCUUUUAACAUCCCUCAAGUGAGCUACUUUGCCACUUGUGCAUGCCUGUCUGAUAAGCAGCAGUACCCGAGUUUCUUCAGAACAAUCCCAAGUGACCAGUUCCAGGCUGACGCGCUGGCCAAGCUGGUCAAACACUUUGGCUGGACUUGGAUAGGUGCUGUCCGGUCGGAUUCAUAUUAUGGCAAUAAUGGCAUGGCGUCUUUCCUGGCCGCAGCACGCAGAGAGGGGAUCUGUGUGGAAUACUCUGAAGCUUUCUAUCGGACCAACCCCCGUAGCAGGAUCCAGAGAGUAGCUGAUGUUGUCCGCAGGUCGACAGCUAUGGUUGUUGUGGCAUUUACAUCACCUGCCGAUCUGAAGAUUCUGCUAGAGGAGCUUUCUCUUGAGCCUUUUUCACCUCGUGUGUGGAUAGGCAGUGAGUCUUGGGUAACAGACCCAGACAUGCUGAGGUUCAGCUUCUGUGCUGGAGCUAUUGGAUUUGGCAUUGAGCAAUCAGUCAUCCCAGGUCUGAGAGACUUCUUGCUGGACCUCUCUCCCUCUAAAGUGGCUGCCUCUCCACUGCUCACUGAGUUCUGGGAGGAUGUAUUCAACUGCAGGCUGAGAAAAAGUGCAGACACAAACGAAAGAGUGUGUGAUGGAAGUGAAGACCUACAGACGUACAGACCGUACACUGACACAUCUCAGAUCCGGAUCGCUAACAUGGUAUACAAGGCUGUUUAUGCAAUAGCACAUGCCAUUCAUAAUGCAGUGUGUCAGAAAAAGUCUACAAUUCACUGUGAAAAAUUCAGCAGGAUAGAGUCUGAAGAGGUUCUCAUGCAGUUGAAGAAAGUAAAUUUUUCACAAAAUGGCUAUGAUGUGUCAUUUGAUGCCAACGGGGAUCCUGUGGCCACAUAUGAGCUGGUGAACUGGCAAAAAACUGAGAGUGGCAACAUUGAGUUGGUGACAGUGGGACACUACGAUGCAUCACUGCCGGUGGGCCGGGAGUUCCGUAUCAACAGGAACCUCACCUGGGUGGAGGGCAGCACACAAGUACCUGUGUCAGUGUGCUCUGACAGCUGUCCUCCAGGAACUCGUAAAGUGCUGCAGAAAGGAAAACCCAUUUGCUGUUAUGAUUGUUUACCAUGUCCUGAGGGAGAGAUUACCAAUGCUACAGAUUCCCCUGAUUGCUUCCCAUGCCUCAAGGAGUUCUGGCCUAAUGCAGAGAGGGACACGUGUCUCCCCAAGCCUGUAGAGUUUCUUUCCUUCAACGAGGUCCUAGGAAUCAUCCUGGCUGCAUUCUCAGUUGGUGGUGCCUGUCUUGCCAUUACAACAGCGGUUGUGUUCUAUCGUCACAGGACAUCCCCGAUUGUCAGGGCCAACAACUCUGAGCUGAGCUUCCUGCUGCUCUUCUCUCUGACUCUUUGUUUCUUAUGUUCAUUAACUUUCAUUGGAGCGCCCUCUGAGUGGUCCUGCAUGCUGCGCCACACAGCAUUUGGGAUCACCUUUGUUCUCUGUAUGUCUUGUGUUCUUGGAAAAACAAUAGUGGUGUUAAUGGCCUUCAGAGCUACACUCCCAGGAAGCAAUGUGAUGAAAUGGUUUGGGCCCACACAGCAAAGAAUGACUGUAGUGUCUUUAACGUUCAUUCAAGUUAUAAUAUGUACUAUUUGGUUGGUUCUUAAUCCUCCGUUCCCAAUCAAAAACCUCACAACAUACAAGGACAGGAUCAUCUUGGAGUGUGCAUUAGGCUCAGCUGUUGGGUUCUGGGCUGUGCUCGGGUACAUCGGCCUGCUGGCUGUCUUUUGCUUUGUGUUAGCUGUCCUGGCUCGGAAACUACCUGAUAAUUUUAAUGAAGCCAAGCUGAUCACCUUCAGCAUGCUGAUAUUCUGUGCAGUGUGGAUCACCUUUAUCCCUGCAUAUGUCAGCUCUCCUGGGAAAUUCACUGUGGCUGUGGAGAUAUUUGCCAUUCUGGCCUCCAGUUUUGGACUAAUAUUGUGUAUAUUUGCCCCAAAGUGUUUCAUCAUAUUGUUUAAGCCAGAGAAGAACACCAAGAAACAUUUAAUGAACAAAAAUCAAUCCUGA